GCCACCACUUCACUUGCCUCUAUUCAUUGCAGCCUUGUCGUGCCUUGCCUUACUACUCUGACCACUAAUUUAGUCACCGGGUCACUACGUGCCCUUCUAUAUCACUGGCAAUAGGAUCCAUCUCCGCUUUGCGUCCUCCUUUUCUACCUCAUCUGAGCAAGUAGUCUGCCAUACCUGUACCUCAAUACUGGGCAGCACCGCAGCCUACCAUCUGCGCUUUGUCCUCCCCGCACGGUUCGACCUCUUCACGAGACUUUAGCAAUCGAGGACUAUACUCAACAUGGCUGACGUCGAGAUGGCCGAUGCUAAUGCUGCGCCUGAAGAGUCCAAAUCCAAAGUCGCGGUCAAGGUCCCCAAAUCAGGAGCCGUGGAAGGCGGUGACAAUAAGAAGAGAUUCGAAGUCAAGAAGUGGAACGCCGUCGCUCUGUGGGCGUGGGAUAUUGUUGUCGACAACUGCGCUAUCUGCCGAAACCACAUCAUGGACCUCUGCAUCGAAUGUCAAGCGAAUCAAGGAGCUGCUACUACAGAAGAAUGCACAGUGGCUUGGGGUAUCUGCAAUCACGCUUUCCACUUCCACUGCAUUUCCCGAUGGUUGAAGACGAGACAAGUUUGCCCUCUGGACAACCGAGACUGGGAGUUCCAGAAAUACGGGCGCUAG